AUGCAGCAGUCAUUUCUACAGAGCCGGUGCGAUGAAGCAGGCUUCUUUGGGACGUGGCAUGAUUUUCUGACAGUGCCUGAAAAUGAGCAUGGCGCCUUUGUGGAAGUCAAGGACAAGAAGAAGAAGAAGUACCUCGCAGGCCGCUACGGCGUCGCGAUCGAGGAGGCUUGCAAAGCAGAGCGCCGCGGCCAGCAGGGUGCCGCUGGAGAAAUCAUCGAUCUUCUUGCUGACAAGUGCAAAGCCCAUCCGACCGGCUUGGAGCACAUUGUCAAGGCCGCGGAGAAAACCGAGAAGAAAACCCACAAGGCGCUGGAUAAAGGCAAGGAGCACAAACUUCCCGUUUGGGAGGAGUCCGACUCCUCCUCCAGCUCUGACUGA